UUCCAUGUAUUGAGAAAUUCAGAGAGAGAGAGAGAAUAGAGGAAAAACAGAGGAGAGCAGAGCAUACAGACUACAGUGUGUUCUGCAGAGAUGGAUAAUCUGCGAUGGAGGCUGUAUCCUCUUCUAUCGGUUAUAGCCUCCGUUUUUAUUUUCUACAUCAGAACAUCCUCCAAGCCAGCAAACACUGAAUGCAGCCUUCUUCCUUAUGAAAGUUAUUGGAUAACUAGCAAUCGCAUUGUUACACCAAAAGGGGUCAUUUCUGGUGCAGUUGAGGUAAAGGGAGGGAACAUUGCAUCCGUGGUUGAAGGAGAGAAUUGGCCGAAGCAAGGACAGGCACAUGUGAUUGAUUAUGGAGAGGCUGUUGUCAUGCCCGGCUUAAUUGAUGUUCAUGCACAUCUUGAUGAACCAGGAAGGACUGAAUGGGAAGGAUUUUCUUCAGGGACUGAGGCAGCAGCUGCUGGUGGUAUAACAACAUUGAUUGACAUGCCUCUUAACAGUUUUCCCUCCACAGUAUCUGAAGAAACUUUAAGACUAAAGGUUGAAGCUGCAAGAAAUAAGAUCUAUGUUGAUGUUGGUUUUUGGGGAGGUCUUGUUCCUGAAAAUGCAUUUAAUACAAGUAUUCUGGAGGCUCUCCUUAGAGCAGGUGCUCUUGGUUUGAAGGUAACUGAAUUAGGGUUGUUGUUGUUGUUGUACUUUUUAAAUAUAAUAAACCUUGUAAUAUGGUUUUCUGAUUGUUUCCUUUCUUCCAUUUUCCUUUCAAUCAGGGAGGAGGCGGCUAUUAGAGAGUUGUUAACAGUAACAAAUGACACAAGGAGCGGGGGACGUGCAGAAGGAGCUCAUCUUCACAUUGUUCAUUUGUCAGAUGCAACAGCUUCCUUGGAUCUUAUUAAGGGAGCCAAGAGCAGUGGUGACAGCAUAACUGUUGAAACUUGCCCCCAUUAUCUAGCAUUUUCUGCAGAAGAGAUUCAGGAUGGUGAUACUCGCUUUAAAUGUGCCCCACCCAUUCGUGAUGCUACCAAUAGAGAAAAACUAUGGGCGUCCAUCAUGGAAGGACACAUUGACCUCUUGAGUUCUGAUCAUUCCCCAACAGUGCCAGAUCUUAAACUUCUUCAUGAAGGUGACUUUUUGAAGGCAUGGGGUGGCAUAUCAUCCUUGCAGUUUGUUCUUCCUGUGACAUGGUCUUAUGGACGAAAGUAUGGAAUCACUUUGAGUCAAUUAACCUCAUGGUGGAGUGAAAGGCCAGCUAAACUUGCAGGCCAGCAAUUGAAGGGAGCUAUUGCAAGUGGAAACCAUGCAGAUAUUGUUGUAUGGGAACCUGAUACUGAAUUUGAACUCAACGAGAACCAUGCUACAUACCAUAAACAUCCUAGUAUCUCGGCCUACAUGGGAAUGAAACUAUCUGGGAAAGUUUUGGCAACUUUUGUGAGAGGGAACCUUGUCUACACUGAGGGGAGACAUCCUCCCACUGCUUGUGGUGUUACGAUCCUUGCAAAUUAAAGGGAUAAAUUGAUGGUUCCAAUUAAGGUGGGGCUUCCUGAAUCCUGAUUGUAGGCAAUGCAACAACAUAAGUUGUUUCCGCCUCCAUCACCUGAACAUGUCUGACUGUAGCAUCUCAGAAAUCAUUGUAUCCUAUCAGGUCAUUUUCAGAGCUUGUAUUGUGUUUCCAAUUGCAGGAAGCUUCUUUCUCGCAUGUUUUAUCUUGGAUAUGUGUGAUAUAAUCAGUUUAGUUAUUGAUCUAGAAGGUUCAGUGCC